UGCGCGAGCGAUUCUGCUCAGUGCAUCCUUGAUGCUCUGCAUGACGACGACGACGGCGAUGGUGACUAUUGCCGUGUUUGAUCCAUCACCGUAUAAUAAAUCCCACUGAUAUCGAGGAGGUUCGUCAGAGCCUCGACGUCAAACGAAUGCGACGCGAGCAUUUUGUCCAUCUGGCACCAGCGGCAAUUCGCAUCGGGGAACUCUUCCGAGCCCUGCCAGAUAGUGGGCUGGAACGUAACAGUAAGUGCAACACUUCAACCUGUUAUCUGUGGAUAGACAUGGUAUCUUCCUCAGGGACCCAGCGAAAGUUUUACGCGAAACCCGCUGUCCUCGAACGAGUCUUUUGCCUAGUCCAUUUAGUGAUCCCAGCAAUGCUACAUAGACUGUGCCGCAGAGGCAGCGGGGCUACAUGUCAGGACCCGCGCCGCUGGGUCUUGGGAUCAUUUGUAGAAUAUUAUUGUGGCGACUCCUUCGUUGUUUGGAACAUGAAGCGCAGUGAGCGAUGCCAGCACAACGAUAAAAUGAAUAAAAUAAAAAUAAAACAAAAAAAGGAUCGGCCGACAUUCGGCAAGAGACACGACCACAUUUGUCUACAUUCGUAGGCCAAUCGAUCGGAAAGGAGGUUCCCCAGACCCUGGUGGAAAAUAGAUGAAAAGGGAACAGCCCCGUGCCAACUACCGGGCCGUUAUGCUGAUCCAUGCCCGAAGACAUUACCUGGUUCGACUACUACGUAGUUCACUUGCAGGGCUCGAUUGGUCCCUGCCCCUACGUGGUGUAGAUGUAGAUCAUACCAGAUGGAAACUAAAUUUAGCGAAACGAGUGAUCCUCGGCUGUUACCUACCUACACUGCCCGUGCCACACCCACUUACUUCGGACUGGUGUUGGACACCAAUUUUCAAUAUUAGAC